AUGCAGUUCACCAAGAUCAUCACCCUCGCCACCGUCCUUCUGACCGGCGCCGCUGCCAUCGCCAUUCCCGCCGAUCUCGAAACCCGCGCUUGUGCCUACACCUGCGGCAGCAACUGCUACACUAGCAGCGCCGUGAGCUCUGCCCGAUCCGCUGGCUAUGACCUUUACUCCGAAGGUUCGACCAAGAACUCCUACCCCCACGUCUACCACAACUACGAGGGUUUCGAUUUCUCCGUUAGCGGCACCUACUACGAAUUCCCCAUCCUGAGCUCCGGCAGCGUCUACAGUGGUGGUUCUCCUGGGGCGGACCGUGUUAUCUUCAACACUAAUGACCAGCUUGCUGGUGUCAUCACUCACACCGGUGCUAGCGGUAACAACUUCGUUGCUUGUACUUAG